CGGGAAGCGUUUCCGGGGGCUGAAGCACAGGCUGAAUCUGUUGCGGCAGCGAAGGCUAGAACAGGCCUGCGCCGGCGGCGGAGAGGAUCCCUUGGACGGGGGAUGUGAGCGCUGAGCCCUUGGCAGAAGUCAAUGUGAUUUUAAUUUGAAGCAAAACUGAAAUGGGUUCUUCUUCCUCAUUCUAUUCAUAUUGCUUUUUGAUGGCCAUGGCAUAAGAAACUUUAUCCCAGGAAUACAGCUUUGCAUUAGUAGAGACGAGGUAUCACCGUGUUAGCCAGGAUGGUCUCCAUCUCCUGACCUCGUGAUCCGCCCGCCUUGGCCUCCCAAAGUGCUGGGAUUACAGGUGUGAGCCACCACGCCCAGCCAAUAAAGUAUUUUUAAAUUAAGCACCGAACAAGAUUUGUGAUGAAAUGGAGCCUGGAGCAAACUCUUUUCGGGUAGAAUUUCCUGAUUUUUCCAGCACCAUCCUACAGAAACUGAACCAGCAGCGCCAGCAAGGACAAUUAUGUGACGUCUCCAUUGUUGUCCAAGGCCACAUUUUCCGGGCACACAAAGCCGUUCUCGCUGCCAGUUCACCCUACUUUUGUGACCAGGUACUCCUGAAAAACAGCAGGAGAAUUGUUUUGCCUGAUGUGAUGAACCCAAGAGUGUUUGAGAACAUUCUCCUGUCCAGCUAUACAGGACGUCUAGUAAUGCCCGCUCCAGAAAUUGUUAGUUACUUGACAGCGGCAAGCUUCCUCCAGAUGUGGCAUGUGGUAGACAAAUGCACUGAAGUUUUAGAGGGAAACCCUACAGUCCUUUGUCAGAAGCUAAAUCAUGGCAGUGACCACCAGUCACCAAGCAGCAGUAGUUACAAUGGCCUGGUAGAGAGCUUUGAGCUGGGCUCGGGGGGUCAUACUGAUUUUCCCAAAGCCCAAGAACUGAGGGAUGGUGAAAAUGAAGAGGAGAGCACCAAAGACGAGCUGUCAUCCCAGCUCACCGAGCACGAAUACCUGCCCAGCAACUCGUCCACAGAGCAUGACCGCCUGAGCACGGAAAUGGCGAGCCAGGAUGGGGAGGAGGGCGCCAGCGACAGCGCCGAGUUCCACUACACCCGGCCCAUGUACAGCAAGCCCAGCAUCAUGGCUCACAAACGCUGGAUCCACGUGAAGCCCGAGCGCUUAGAACAGGCUUGCGAGGGCAUGGACGUGCACGCGGCCUACGACGAGCAUCAGGUCACAGAGUCCAUCAACACCGUGCAGACCGAGCACACCGUCCAGCCUUCGGGAGUGGAGGAGGACUUCCACAUCGGGGAGAAGAAAGUGGAAGCCGAGUUUGAUGAACAGGCUGAUGAAAGCAAUUAUGAUGAGCAGGUGGAUUUCUAUGGCUCUUCCAUGGAAGAGUUUUCCGGAGAGAGGUCGGACGGGAACCUCAUUGGGCACAGACAGGAGGCUGCCCUCGCAGCAGGCUACAGUGAGAAUAUUGAAAUGGUAACAGGGAUUAAAGAAGAAGCUUCCCACUUAGGAUUCUCAGCCACCGACAAGCUGUAUCCUUGUCAGUGUGGGAAGAGUUUCACUCACAAGAGUCAGAGAGAUCGGCACAUGAGCAUGCACCUCGGUCUGCGGCCUUACGGCUGUGGCGUCUGCGGUAAGAAAUUCAAAAUGAAGCACCACCUCGUGGGCCACAUGAAAAUUCACACGGGCAUAAAGCCGUAUGAGUGUAAUAUCUGUGCAAAGAGGUUUAUGUGGAGGGACAGUUUCCACCGGCAUGUGACUUCUUGUACCAAGUCCUACGAAGCUGCAAAGGCUGAGCAGAAUACAACUGAGGCUAACUAAAAAUAGGAUCUGGCCCUUGAGUGGCAUGCACAAAAAUAAACUAUGGUAAUUAAUGCAAAUCUGGGCACAGAUGAUGCGUGCUACUUGCUAUUAUGAGAGAAGCUUAAAAAAAAAAAAGGAAGAUAUUUCUGAAAGACCAGCUCUAAGUAGGCCAAUUAAAAAAAUCUAAUUCCUCAAAUUUGUGUGUUCCAGUCCUGGCCUGGAAUGGGUAAUGGGGUGAGUUAACCCACCGCCCAGCUGGCAAGGGAAACCUUCUGACCGGUUGUGAUUGAAACAGGUGGACAGAUACACCUGCACUUGGAACUGGACUCCACCCACCAGUUCCGUUUCGGGUGGCAGCAGCUUUGGAUCACUCAUUACUACAAGGUCAUGCUGAAAUUUUAUUUUGCUCUUGCUAUAGAUACUUAGGUAAUGUGGAUUUGUUUUGAUAGCUAUUUCCCUGAAGGAAGUGCUACUUAUGUAAAAGCUACAACUAAUGUGAUUCCUAGGAUGAGAAAUUGGUUAACAGAGCUCUGUUGUCUGGUUUUAUUCUUUCUAAAGGAUAUUUUCACUAAAACUAUGGAGAUGCUAAGAGAAUGACGUUCUAAAUAUGAAACAGAUAACUUACGGUACAAGGCUGACAUAGUGCCCUUGUCAGUUUCUGUAAGAUGCCACUACUGUCACAAGGUGUUUCAGACUCUUGAUAAGGCAGUGUUUUGUAUUUUAGUUCUAACAGUUGAGUUUGGACAUUUGUAUCUAAUUGUAAUUCUCUAGGGUGCCAGAGAUAGGUAUUUCUCAUUGGUUUGCUUUCCCAAAUCCUGUUUGGUUAAUUGUAGCCUCCAUGCAGUGGGGUCUGCUCUGUGGCUGGUAGACACCAAGCUGCUGUGACUGACCACGGUACCACGGGCCGCUGCAGCCCCUGCUCUGUCUUAGAUUAUGGUGCUUUACAAAGAGGGUGGUCCAUGACCACACUUAGUGGGAAGGAGCCCCAAGUUGUGGCUGAGAGUUCCCUGUGAACUUCGGCAGUUCAUGGAGUGCUAAGGUGACACUCCACCAACCAGAGUGAGAGGGCAGAUAGGCCGGAUUCUAUGAGUGAUUAUACUUAAGGGGAAAAAACGUGCCCAAGGAGAAUCUUGAAAAUACACUCUUUCAAGGUGGGGGAGAUACUCUUUAGGGGGUACACUGAGCUAAUACUGCCAGUUCUUUAUGAGCGCCAGAAUGUGCUUUUAAAAGGAGUCCUAAGUUUAGCAAAGUAGUCUACAGAAUCAUGCUCCCAAAUUAUAGAUAAAGCUGCUUAAACUUACAAGUCCACAAAGCUAUGCCGACCAGAAAAAAAAAAACACGACAAAAAAACCAGCAGCUAUUCUGAGACCUUUUCUGCCCAUCAGCUAGAUGGUUUAGGUUAAAAAGAAAGGUAUAUUACACAUGCUUUUAAGCUGUGUAAUGUACCUGAGGUUAUCACCAGGGUAGGACAGGGUGCUACUACUAUGUCAUCUUUUCCAUAAACGUACUCGGUUAUUUACUUCUAAAUAAAAACGUUUUUCCUUAAAAUAAAAAUAAUUUUUCUUGGAUUUGGGGUGACAUUUUAUUUGAAAAGUUUGGCUUUGCUGUAAUGUAAUAGACAUUGCUGGCAAUGGCCUCUGAUUCUCAAGCUCCUAACACCAAGGUGUUUACUCAUUAAACAUUGUCUGGAAAGAGGAAGGAAAAUACUUAUUUACCAGUUAACUCUUGUAAGCAAGAUUACAAACAGGGAUUUAUUCACAACACUGUAUCAUUCUCGAUAUAUAAAAAGCACUUUGUAUUUAAAACUUUAUUAUAAAUAUAUAUAUAUAUAGUUUUUUUUUUUAAACCUAGAAACUAGAUAUUACCUCUUGGUUGUUUACCACAUUAAUAGCUUCUCUUAGUAUUGAAACGUUACUGGUUAGCAGUCUUUUCUCUGUGUACCUGACACAUGUAUACAGAGGGGACUGUACAAUCAAGCCUAAUGUCUCCUUUUUCUCAUGGUAGAGGCCAGUGGGGUUUAGGUAUGAUCCUAGCCAUUAUAUUUGAGGAGAAAUUGUUCUAUUAUUACCAGUUUCAGUACUAAAGUGGUGAUGCCAUUCUGUUCUGCCAAAAACUGAUCACCCUCUCCCAUGGUGUUAGCAGAGCGUUUCCUGCCUGUUUGGAAGGUUUGGUGUGCUGUUUCUCAUUGUACUACUCACAUGAUCAUUAGGACACUGUGGGAGAAGAGUCUGAGAAGUGAAAAUACAGCUCUUCCGGGAGAGUUGUGGUCCUUCAGUUCUGCUGAAGUCAGCGUAGUGCCCUCGUCAUGAGGAAGAGUUCUGUUCAGCCGAGAGUGGUGGCACGCUUGGGUGGUAGUUUUGGAAGCAGUCGGUUGUGCUAGGACUUUUUAAUAUGUUGUGAAGAGAAGAGUGUCUUCUUGAAAGCCUUAUGCGUCCAUCAGCUACUAAACGUAGAACUUAAAUAAGUUGCUCACAUCUGUUCUUUUAAGUUUGUUGUGGUAUUUGAGGUUUUGGUAAAAAUUGGGAUUUUUUUAUCAGGCAGCCAGAGCCUGUGAGGUGGUAGGGUGUCUGAAAUGCUGGCCAUGUUCAGAGAGGCAGGAGAAGAGGAUUGCUUUCAUUUGAAUAUUAAAAGUGAAUUUUUGUAAACUCUGGUUUUUACCUUGGGUUGGAGGAAUAGUCUCUUCUCUUCACCUCAGUAUAGCUUUAGAAAAUCUUUAUCCUUCCUAAUGAGUUUGGGUAGUUGUGGGUAACAUUGUUCAAAUAAUCUUUCAGGGAUCACGUCAGUGGCCUACAACCAAGCUAUUUGUCCCCUACUUUGAGUCUUAACUGUGGUUUUUCUUCAAUCCCCGUGGGAAAGGGCUUCAAGGCACCACCAGUGGUAUUUAAUAUUCAUACUUGGGGCCAGGCGCGGUGGCUCACACCUAUAAUCCCAGCACUUUGGGAGGCCGAGGUGGGUGGAUCACCUGAGGUCAGGGGUUCAUUACCAGCCUGACCAACAUGGUGAAAGCCCAUCUCUACUAAAAACACAAAAAUUAGCCGGGCGUGGUGGCACGCACCUGUAAUCCCAGCUACUCGGGAGGCUGAGGCAGGAGAAUCACUUGAACUCGGGAGGCGGAGGUUUCAGUGAGCCAAGAUUGCACCACCGCACUCCAGCCUGGCAACAGAGUGAGACUCCAUCUCAAAACAACAAAAACAAAAAAAAACCAUACUUAUACCAUGCUUUUACCUUUAGAUACACACAUGAUAGUAAUCCACAUGGUGAAGUGCCUGUCACCGUUAACUAAGGAAGGACUGCGGUAACUUACCCUGCAGGGCUGUGUAACUUGCCUGCAGGCGCUCCAGGGCCCCAGCCUGUUGAUUCUGAUUUCUAGGUCUCCUCUUCCUCUGGUCCCUUUUGGCCACGACUUUAAAAGCUUGCCCAAAAGGAUCCCCUCCAUUCUAGUGGGCAUUUGCUGAACUAACCUGACCCUAAGGCUGGCUUCUAACCACUGGGGAAAGCUGCUUAGCCUCUGGGGCUCCCUCCUUGAGAGGCUCACACACCCCCGAGCUGCUGUGGAAGUGAAGUUGAGACAGAGCAGAAGCUGCAAAGCCGUGCUUUCCCUGGGGAAGAGGAUGUGCUGCGGCCUCCUGGGUGGGCGUGGAGAGGGUGCCAUCACAGCGAGGCCAGGUUUUUGCUUUUGGAAGUUCUCUGAUAACUUGGGGAUGCUGGAAACCAGCAUCACGUUAUCCCCAAUCCCUCCCGUGCCGCCAAUUUUGUGAUUUAGGUUGCUUUAGUGGGUGACUAACUUUGUUCAGUGAAACCAGGGUUUGUCUGGAGUUUUUUCUUUGCUACUUACAUAUUUAAAGGUACAAGUUUCUUAUUUCAAAUCUCUACUGAUAGUACCCUAUGGGAAGAUGCUGGAACACAUUUUGCAAAUGUGACUUUUUUUUUUUUUUUUAAUUUUUGCUUGAAGCCUGUGUCAUGUUAGUUGCUGCUGCCUUCUUUCCUUUUAUGAGGUUCCCAAUGUUUCGUCCAGAAAAGUACUUUAUUUAUGCAAGUCAGGUGACUCUUAGGCCACAAAACCAUUUGAUGAUAAACAGAUUAUCAUUAGGUGCAUAUCUUAUUGAUAUUUUGUGAAAUGUUAUGCCUAUGUUGCAAAAGUUGAAUAGUUUUGUCUUUAUAUAUUGCUGUCUUCAGUGUACAGCAUGGUUUUACUUAAUUGAAUGUUAAUGUUUAAUAUUUUCUUCUUAUAGAAGAGAUCAUGCCCUUUUGUAUGACAUGUUUUAAUAAAUGUUAUCUGUCAACUUUGUAAAA